AUGGAUCCUCUUCCUGAUCUACCUGAAGAGACUGAUAAAAUCUUCUGCAGCAAAUGCGUGAAAUUCUACGGCGUUGAUGAAUUCAAGUUUAACAAGGACGGGAAGCCACAAAGAACUUGCAAGCGCCAUGGUCGAAAACGCGCGUUGGAGCUCGAUGACUGGGACAGUUUCACCCGGCUUCUCCGAAAUUGGAAUAAAUUGGCAAACCAAAUACUCGAAGGGAGCUAUAUUUUUGAUUUGGAUACUCUACCUGUUAAUUUCGGCUCCCUGCGUGCGCUUGAAGUUGCAAAUGGCGAUGGAGAUGACAUCGACCGUAACACGCUUCUGCGAUCCGAAGUGAACGCGGCGAUGCACGACCUGGGUGUAGUGAUUUGGAAGGCGGUUGUGCAAGAAGUGAUCAAUUCGCUUGUAUCCACCAAAACUCCGUCCGAAAUAUACCGUGAGAUUCGACAGAUUCCAGAAGGAAAACCGGUGACGAGGCAUCAAGUGUACUAUCUGUGGCAGAAAGCGAAUGCAGAGAUCUGGCAGCGAGACUUAGAUCCCUUCGUCUCGGCCACAAUGCUUCUUUCUGAAGACAGUCGCUAUCGUGAUCACCACGCAGUCUUCACGGCGGGAAACCUGAGGGCAUUAGGGUUCUUCGCCUCUGAAACCAUUGAAAAGUUGCGGGGAUCCGCCCCUCAAUUAGUGAUGGACUCCACGUUUGGAACCAACAGUGGUGGUAUGGACCUAUUUGCGGUAUUGGCCGAAGUUGAAGGUACUGGAGUUCCGCUUGCAUAUUGCCUGGUCGAGCUGCUAAAGCCUCCUCCUCAGGCCAACCCAGCACAGAAGAAACCCAUCCGUGCGGACCCUGGAGCGACGACAUACAUUCUUCAGCAAUUUCUUGAACGACUGAAAAAUUUCGGGUUCAAUCCAAGAUGCGUAGCGAUUGACAAGGACUCAUCAGAAAUUGCCGCAGUCACGGCAGUGUGGUCUGGGGUAAAAGUUCAACUUUGCUACUGGCAUGUGAAACGGGCUUCCUCGACGACUUUGCAUCGCGAAUGUGCGGCCGAGAUGCAUACGUGGUGUAAGGAACGGGGAUAUUACCGUCUUUGGGCUUAUCUGUAUAUCAACUGGUACUGUCCCGAACAGUGGAAGCUGUGGGCACGGGCCGCCGAUCCUACUGAUAUCCCAGUGGUGAAAACAACAAUGAUUGUUGAGUCACACUGGCGAACGCUAAAGCACGACUAUCUUCAUCGAUUCAAUCGGCCGCGGGUUGACCUGGUGGUGUGGGUCUUGACGUCGCGAGUUCUCCCGGAUGCCGUCCAUCGAAUGAAAGCUAUUUCCAGUGGGCAGUUUCGCAUAUUCAAAGCUCGAUGGAGAGAUGCCUUCAAGAAGCAGUGGCGUAAGGAAGCCUGUAAAACCGUGGAUCCGGACAAAUUAAAAGAAUACCACACGAAUCCAGUUAACUGGGUCUGUGCUUGCAAAUCCUUCCUCCACAGUCGCUUCCUUAUAUGCAAACACAUCGUCUAUUGCUUUGAGUUACCCAGUCCAGACUGUUUUGAAACUGUUAGUCGCCAGACAGUCUAUCCUUUCUGGAAAGAUGAACAAUUGAUUUUGCGACCUGAGUAUGCGCCGAGGGAGGGACUCCGCACUCGAAAACUGCAUGGAAUCGUUGAAAUGCAAGACAGCACCCUAUCAUCCCUACUAUACUCUUCAGAAAGCGAGUCAGAGCAGGAUGAGGAUGGAGAUGAUGACCAGGAGGCUGUGCCCAUGGAAAUCCUCGUCGCAGAAUUCAGAGAAGUGAUGCAAAAUGCGAUGAAUCUUUUGAGGAUCAAAGUAGCAAAGGGAAAUGAAAAGUUUGUGGAGAGAUUUAUAGCUUCUAACCAAAUGAAUCGUAUCUUGGUGGAAGAAGUUAAGCGCCGUCGUAAUAUGCGAAGCAUGCCACGGACUUGGGGAGAUGUAAACAUCCAGCAACGAUGUGUCGAACGUCAGCGUCUCGAACUUGAAGGCAACAUCCUCGAACUGCAGAAGUCCCUUUACCGCUGGAGAACACAGGAGGCUGAGUACGAUGGCUUAAAGGAGGAAUUCAGCGAUCUCGACGAUACUGCAACGAUAGAUGAUUUCCUCGAAGUGGGCCGCAAUUAUGGUGGAACCUUGGUGACGGAGGAGGAACUCACUGCGAUUGUCAACGGACAGGACGCCACUCGCACCAGAGAACAGAUAACCAGACUUGUUCUAAGACGACUUGAUAAUGCAAAGCAAAAUGUGACUACAUUGGAGAAAAUUCUACGCUCCGCGGAGAAUAAACUACACGCUUUGGAUUCUAUCGAGCAGCUACCAGCAGAACCCACGGCCGAUUUCCCCAUGACAGAAAUUGUCGAAGAGCUUGAUGGGGAAGGAAAUAUCAUCUCCAGCUCGACCAAUACCCCAGGAGAUGAGGCGCAGGGUCUGCUAGAACUAUUGAAGAAGGCUGGCGUGAAGGAUAUUCCAGAGACCCCGCAGACGAAUAUCCAGGGUAGAGCUCUGCAAGAAUCGCAAGAUAAGCCUCCGAUGGGAGGCGACUCAAAUCUCGCGGACAAAGAGAAUGAAACCACUCUCGGCGAAAAGGAACCGCCUAAACCCCUCCCUCUAGACACAAAGGGAAGCUCUCAACCCCGUCUCGCAGAUGACAAACCCUCGCCAUCGGAGUCAUCUAAGAUUCCUGAAGAGCACCCUGUCACGGAUAUUGACGAAAGCCCAGAGGAUGCCCAACUACGUCGCGAAAUGCUUAGGUACAGUCUUGACGAAGUUGGGGCUGUUGUUGCAGAACUCGAGCUAGAUGAAGACGCAAGCGAUAUUUCUGUUGAUGAGGAUGCUGAUGUUUUUGCAUAUGAUGAAGAAGAUGAUAGUGAGGAAGACGAAUUUGGCCGAAGCAAACAUUCUGUUCUGGACGAGGACUACCAUCGACAAAUGCGUGAAUUAGAAUCCAAAUUGAAUGCACGAGGAAUGUGGAAUAUGGGCAAAGACACUGAAUCACUUCCUGAAGAAUUGAAAGAAGAACUUCAACAGCCCGCUACAGUCCGCAUCAAGAAAGCCACCACUCCUAAGCCCCCAGCUACGGAAAAGAAGAAGCUUCCUCCAAGACAGUCAGACGUGCCAGUUUUGUCUGAUUCUGUUGUGGAACGUACAGAGCCGCUGGCAAAGGGACCGACUCCGAAUGACGCGCCAAGAAAGGCUUCCCGCUUCAAGAGUGCUCGGAUUAAUGAAGCCAAAGACCCCAUCGCACUGGCUACUCUGUCGGAAGGUAGCUCUAAGCGUACCGAACCCCAUCCGUCUUUACGCAAGCCACAAGUACCGUCAUCAUCAGCAUCUUCAUUACCGUUAUUCCCUGCCAGACCUGCAGAACCUAAGCCGUUUUCACAGCCCAUCUCAGAUGUGGACAAGCUAGUCAUCCGGCAGGGACCUCAAGGGCAAAUCCUGGCCAAUAGCCUUGUUGAGCGCGAGAUUCUUGAAGGUGCCGCCGCUCCACCCGAACCGGACGAGCUCGAUGAGCAGCUCCACCGAAAAGAGAUCGCAAGCGAGUUCUACAGGAUGAGAAACCGGCUGAUCAAACAGAACGGUGGCUUUGUGGACGAGGAACCUGAACGGGUGCCGAUUGAUACCGAAGAUGUUCCGCGGGUCCUCAGCGCACUGAGAUAUUCCAAUCAUGAUCUCUACAAAAGCCAGGCCAACGCGUUGGAUGUUCGCAACUUCGUAUCGUCUCACACGACAUCUUACCCCGAUAUUGACUCUUCUCAAGUCCAACUUCCCCAGCCAUACGUGGUAUGUAUAAUCGGCGGCCGAGGCGCAGCAGGAGGUGCUUUGGCACGAUCUUACGCAAGAGCCGGUGCGUCCGGGAUUAUCCUCGGUGCUCGAACAAUAUCCCUUCUCGAAGAAGUCGCCAACGAAGUCAAGAUAAUCAGUCCCUCCACAAAGGUGGUGGUGGAGAAAUGCGAUAUAUCUUUAAACGACAACGUCGCGUCUCUGGCUGCAAAGUCACAGGCUGAAUUUGGGGACAUUUGGAUGUCGUGGUCGUCAACUCGGGGUACUCUGGACCGAUUGUCAAUGAUAUCAUAA